CAAGAAGCCCGUCUCGCCCAGAUGACUGGCCUUGGGCGACAGUGCUGCCCCUACCUGUUAUGCAACGUAGUAUGCCCAACCACAGCGUCUUGGCAGGCGCUAGUGGAAGUCUGGUUACUAGUGCGGGCACUCGCACCUUGGAAGGAGACUUUAAGUUCGAGCCAUAUGAUUUCAACUAUAUUGAAUAUCAAUGUCGGUGUGCUCGGUCAUGUCGACUCAGGAAAAACAUCGCUGGCCAAGGCAUUGAGCACCACCGCCAGCACAGCUUGUUUUGACAAAAAUCCUCAGUCCAAAGAGCGGGGCAUCACCAUUGACCUCGGGUUCAGCUCGUUUCAAAUGGGCAUGCCAGAUCAUCUACUAGACAAAACCUCUUGCAACACACUUCAAUUCACUUUGGUGGAUUGCCCGGGUCAUGCUUCGCUCAUCAGGACUAUCAUAGGAGGAUCACAAAUUAUCGACAUGUUUAUUUUAGUACUGGAUGUGACUAAAGGAAUGCAAACUCAAACAGCAGAGUGCCUGGUAAUUGGUGAAAUCACCUGCAACAAGCUCAUCGUUGUCUUGAAUAAGACAGAUAUGUUGCCAGAAGACAAGAAAAAGACAGCAAUUGAAAAGAUGGCGAAAAAGAUGAAGGCCACUCUGCAAAAUACAGUUUUCAAAACAGCAGAGGUUGUUGCAGUCUCUGCAAAUCCUGGAGGCCAGGAAACCGAAUCUCCAGCACCUGUUGGUCUGAAUGAUCUCUUGGAGUGCUUAAGGAAAAGUGCAUUUGUGCCUGAAAGAGAUGAAUCUGCUCCUUUUGUUUUUUCUGUUGACCACUGCUUUGGCAUCAGGGGUCAAGGAACUGUGAUGACGGGCACCGUUCUACAAGGUGCUGUUAAGAUAAAUGAUCAAGUCGAAAUCCCUGCCAUCAAAGAGACUAGAAAAGUGAAAUCUAUGCAGAUGUUUCGACAGCCAGUAGAUAAAGCUUCUCAGGGAGACAGACUUGGCAUCUGCGUAACACAAUUUGAUCCUAAACUCCUAGAGAGAGGGCUUGUGUCAGUUCCUAACUAUGUACCAACAAUAUAUGCUGCCAUCAUCAAGUUGAACAAAAUCCGCUUCUAUCAAGCCUCCAUCAAAACCAAAGCCAAAUUCCACUUGAGCAUUGGCCAUGAAACUGUCCUGGGCAAAGUAACCCUAUUUCAAGGAACUCAUGAAUUUGAGCUAUGCCAGGAAUUUGAAUUUCUCGAAGAAAUUGAACCGAAUCUUAAAGAAGACAAUGUCGCGCAGUAUGCUCUGCUCGAAUUUGAAAAGCCUGUGACUGCAGUGCCAAAUUCCUUGGUCAUUGCUUCAAAACUAGAUAUGGACGUUCACACAAGCACUUGUCGGUUAGUCUUUUGGGGACGGCUGCUUAAAUAUUACGAAGACAAGGCGUAUGCAAGUGCAAAUUUGCCGCAGCUGAAGAUUUUCAAGAACAAGUCAAAGUCAGGAGUAGUCGAAAGAGCACCAAACAGUUCAAGUGUGAUUGUGAAAAAUAUGUUCAAGAAGGAAACCAAUUUGCUGCUAUUCACCAACAUGAAAGUGAAACUCUCCACUGGCGAAGAAGGUACAAUCGAAGGUGGAUUUGGUCAAAGUGGAAAAGUGAAAGUCAACAUUCCAGGCGGUCUGUUAGAAUCUACACUGGAAAGCAUCCAGGCCAAAAAGGAUGCAUCAACAUCGCGAAAGCCAGUAGAAGUUUCUCUCAAUUUCAAAAAGUUUGUUUACGAUAUGGGCAAGAAUAUGGUUCAAAAAUAGUGAUUUUAGUUUUCAUCACAAUUAUAUUUAUACAAAAUUUACAACACAAAUAAACAUGUUUUGUUAAUACAAUAAAUAAC